CUCUGCCUAGUAACAGGAAGGUGUGGUUGAGGCUGCGCAUGGAAGGGAAAACACAACUGAAAAACAGCGGAGAGAAGCUCCAUUCUGGACUCUUCUGGCUCUCCCAAAGGCUGGAGAAUAAUCCCACUAGGCUGACGGAGGUCUGGACCCUGUAAAAAUGCUCGCCACCUGAGGUGCAGGCCAUGUACCCUUACGUCUACCUGCCGCCCAGGGAGGGCAUCUGGCCUCGGCUGCAGACCCUCGCCUACCUGCCCGCCCCUCUGCUGCUGCCACCCAUCCAGACCCACAACUUUUGCAGCCGGCCGGCGGGCCUGAGCGCGGCCCCGCGAGAAUUCCACUGCUUCCACGGUGCGGGCGCGGCCCUGGUCUCCACGCCGCCGUGGUGGGCCUUGCCUUCUGCGGGAGCCGCGGCCCUUGGCUCGUCGUUCCCCGCCUCCAGCCUGCCCGCGCCAUCCAAACCCGCCUCCGACGCCGAGCGCGGGGCCCCGUGGCCCGAGGGCGGCAGCCUGCAGCUGCAGCUGCGCUGGGGCCGCGUGGAGCGCGCGCAGGGGCCGCCCCUGCCGCUGCCCGACACGCUGCGCCGCCGCCUGCGGCGCGCGUACGGCACCUACCCCCGCACCGACGUGCGCGUCACCCUGCGCGGCGGCCAGUGGCUGCUGCAAGCCGCGCCGCGCGUGGGCGAGCCCGAGUACCAGGUGACGCGGCGCGUGGUGCGCAGGCCCACCAGCGGCGACGGAGGGGACAGCGGGGACAGCCCGGCAGCUCGGGAGGCGGUGCAGCGUGGCCGCCCCAAGAAAAAGCAAGGUCUGAGAUGA